GAAUUUCGAAUUCCUGGGCGUUGAAUUUGGACCCGCGUUUCAAGUUUUCUCCCUUUAUCUCUCCUUCUUUUGAUAUAUAAUCCAUCUCUCCAUUGAUUCAUAGACCAGCUGAAUCGACAGGAAAGAAGAAGAAGUAGACGGUAUUUAUUGUUUUCUGCGUUCUGGUUUGAUUUCAAUUGCAGAAGCUACAAUGUUCUUGUCAUGGAGGAGAAGCAAACUUGGGUUUCUCCCCAAGUUGAAGAAAGAGCAUCUUCCGGGCGUUGAUUCGGGUUCUGAAAUUGUGAUUCCUUCGCAUUUUCUAUGUCCGAUUUCGCUUGAUUUGAUGAAGGAUCCUGUGAUUUUGUCCACCGGGAUUACUUAUGAUAGAGAGAGCAUCGAGAAGUGGAUUGAGGGUGGGAAUUUUUCUUGUCCUGUGACGAAACAGGAUUUGAUGAGUUUUGACCUAAUCCCUAAUCAUACCUUGAGGAGGAUGAUCCAAGAUUGGUGCGUUGCGAAUCAUUCUUACGGAAUUGAGCGGAUUCCAACACCGCGGAUUCCAGUCACGCCGUAUGAAGUUAAUGACGUUUGUUCGAGAAUCGCCGUCGCGACUCAAAGGGGCGAUUCGAAGAGAUGCAGUGAAUUGGUGGGUAAGAUCAGGAAUUGGGCGAGAGAGAGCGAGAGGAAUCGGAGGUGCGUUGUGAAUGGAGGAACUGGGAUUGUUCUAGCAGCUUCGUUUGAGCAUUUUGCUGGUGUUUCGAUUGAGAAACAUGUGGGUUUGUUGGAGGAGAUUUUGUUGGUUUUGGUAUGUGUAUUCCCAAUCUCCAUUGAAGGGUUAUCCAAGCUCGGAUCUGCGGAUUCCUUGAAAUGCAUGGUUUCCUUCUUAAUGGGGAAAAAUCUUUCACCAAAACAGAACGCAGUUUUUGUUCUGAAAGAACUGCUUCUGGUUGAUCAAAGAUACGUCGAUUCAUUGGCUGCCAUUGAAGGAGUAUCCGAAGCUUUAGUAAGCAUCAUAAGGGAGCCUCUUUGCCCUUCAGCUACAAAAUCAUCCCUUACAGCCAUUUUCUACAUUAUUUUACCAUCAGAAAUCAGCGAGAAAAUGACAUUGAAAUUCAUGGAACUGGGCUUGGUCUCUCAGCUGCUAGAUUUCCUUGUAGAUGCAGAGAAAAGCCUGUGUGAGAAAGCGUUGGGAGUAUUGGAUGGAAUCUGUGAUUUUAAACAAGGAAGAGAGAAGCUAUACCAAAAUGCAUUAACAAUUCCAUUGUUAGUCAAGAAGAUCCUAAGAGUAUCAGAGGUUGCCUCUGAGUAUUGUCUGUCAAUACUAUUGAAGCUUUGUAAGAGUGGAGAGAAGGGUGAGGAUGAGGCGAGGGUGGAAGCUGCUCAACUGGGUGCUUUCCAGAAGAUAAUUGUUCUUUUGCAGGUUGGUUGCGGUGGUGACAUGAAAGACAAGGUCACUGAGAUGUUGAAAUUGUUGAAUCUUUACAAGGAUAGGUUAGAUUGUAUUGAUUCAUCCAUGCAUUUUAAGUUCUUGAAGAAAUCAUUCUGAUUUACUGUAAGAAACACAAUUUUUUGUCUGUUUAGGUAGUGAAGAAAAUGUAUAUACAUACACACAAAACACAGAUCAAUGAGAAAACUGAACUUUAUACUCAAUCUGGCUA